AUGGUCCUUCCCUCGACUUGUCCUGGUGUUGUCCUCAGGGAGGAGCACAGUGAGGAGCCGUUGGGAGCCGCCUGGAUGGCUCCGGAGGGUGACACAGAAGCACCUGGGGCAGGGGGGCACGACUCGGGCACGCGGCGCCGCGCGGCUUCCAGAGCAGGGCUGCACCGCGCUGGCUCCCGGCACUGCUGCCUCACGCUCUCUUUUCUCCUCUUUUCCCUGCGCGCUGCCAAGGCUGCCAAGCAGAUCAAGGAUAGCGUGACGAUGGCGCCCGCCUUCCGCCUCUCGCUCAAGGCCAAGGUGAGCGAUAACAUGAGCCACUUGAUGGUGGAUUUCGCCCAGGAGCGGCGCCUGCUCCAGGCUCUCGCCUUCCUGCCAGGCCCCAGCACCCCCGAGAUCGACCUGGCCGAGUCGCUGGUGGCCGACAACUGCGUGACGCUGGCCUGGCGGCUGCCCGACGAGGACAGCAAGAUCGACCACUACGUGCUCGAGUACCGCAAGACCAACUUCGAGGGGCCGCCCCGCGCCAAGGAGGACCAGCCCUGGAUGGUGAUCGAGGGCAUCAAGGGCACCGAGUACACCCUGUCUGGGCUGAAGUUUGACAUGAAAUACAUGAAUUUCCGGGUACGGGCGUGUAACAAGGCCGUAGCGGGCGAGUUCUCCGAGCCGGUCACUUUGGAGACCAGAGCGUUCAUGUUCCGGCUGGACGCCAGCACGUGCCACCAGAACCUGCGCGUGGAGGAGCUCAGCGUGGAGUGGGACGCCACGGGCGGCAAGGUGCAGGACGUCAAGGCCCGCGAGAAGGACGGCAAGGGCAGGACGGCCUCGCCGGCCAACUCGCCCGCCAGGGCCGUGCAGUCGCCCAAGAGGAUGCCCUCGGGGCGCGGGGGCAGAGACCGCUUCACUGCCGAGUCCUACACGGUGCUGGGGGACACGCUCAUCGACGCCGACGACCACUACUGGGAGGUGCGGUACGACCGCGACAGCAAGGCCUUCGGCGUCGGCGUCGCCUACCGCAGCCUGGGCAAGUUCGACCAGCUGGGCAAGACCUCGGCCUCCUGGUGCCUCCACCUCAACAACUGGCUCCAGGUGAGCUUCAGCGCCAAGCACGCCAACAAGGCCAAGGUGCUGGACGUGCCCGUGCCCGACUGCAUCGGCGUCUACUGCAACUUCCACGAAGGGUUCCUGUCCUUCUACAACGCCAGGACCAAGCAGCUGCUGCACACGAUCAAGGCCAAGUUCACCUUUGCUGGGUGCUGCUGCAUGCAGCCAGGUGCAGCAAUAGAUGCAAUGGAUACACAGAGCCUGGCCAGCGAGGGUGAGGAGGACGAGCUGCCCGAGGAGGAAGAGGAGGAGGUGGCGCCGAGGGAGGGCCGAGCACCGGAGCCACCCAAGAAGCCGGAGGAGCGGAGCAAGAAGCAGCAGGGCAGGAGCCUGGCGGAGCAGCCGGCGGCAGCGGAGGGGACAUCAGGGUGA